GAGAUGUCAGCAACACACACUCUGAAGAUGACAGCAUCUGUUCAAUACAUAAGAAAACUGCUGGGGAAAAGCAGCUGCGCGACAAACAACCUGUUUAACAAUGGACACAAAGCACAGAAGAACACUAGUGAUUAUAAACAAACAACCAAGAGCAAAGAUGAAAAAAGUCAUAAAAGAAACGUACUGCAAUCCCAAGACAAGACAAUGGAGCAGUGUAUACGGAAAACAGUUGUUUUAAGAAGAAAAGAAAACGAAACUUUUGGGUUUGACAUCCAGACAGGCAGUGUUGAGAGAAGCAUCAGCACUGAGCAGGAUUUGGGCUCAUGUGUGUGUUGGGUGAAGGAGAACAGUCUCGCAGAGAGUAGUGGGUUAAUGACAGGUGAUGUUAUUAUCAAAGUCAACAGUGUGUACAUCGCUGGAUUCACUCAGCAGCAGAUCAAGGAUCUGGUUCAGGAGUCCUCCUUCUUAAUGAUGGAGAUGAUCAGAGGUGCUACAGAAAAGCCGAGGCAAUUGCUUGGCAAGCUUCAUCUUCUGCAGCGACAGUUUACAGAGAAACACGAAGAGCUUCAAACACUCAUCACAGAGGAAGUGCGUCUAAUGGGAGGUGCCAUGGGAAACAUCCAGAAGCCAAAUGCCCCUACAGAAUCGUCUGCUAGUCUUUGCUGACAGUAUGGAUAGUUUUGUUCCACUUACAAUAUAAUCAAACAAAUGUAGUGUAAUCAAGGUUGUGGGCUUCACUUGAAAAAUAUGCGCCUGUGCAUUAGAGUAAGGCUGAAAGGAAACACUGUAGUAAAGUAGAUCAGGCACCUUGAGAUAGGAUCGAAAGCAUGAUAUUUAGCAUGAAAUGUAAAAUAUUGAUGAUUGAAUUAUUUAACUAUUUAUUUUAAUUGUAGUGCAUUCCUGUAUUAUCUAUGUAUUUUGCACUAUUAAGCACCAGUCAUUUUUAUUGUAAAUUUAUUUAAUUUACUGUACUGUUUGUUUUAUAUUUUUUAUACAAAGUGUUUUAAUAUGUUUUCAUUUUUAUAUUUAUAGAAUGCCUCUUUAAUAAACUUUCAUAACUGGUG